AUGCCCACAGCGGCUUCGACAUGCAGUCCAGACGCCGAUGUCGCGGAGUCGCAGUUGCCAGGACCUUCCUCGCUAGAAGACGAAGAGAAGGCACAAGACCGCGAACACGAGCGCUUGCACGUAUGGCAGCAAGUCCUCGAACUUGGGCCGUGUGUUGACAUAUCUGAUAGUCACGGGCUUGAUAGUGUAUCGCUCCAUGGCGGUGGUGUAGCUGCGACAAAUUUGGAGCGUGAUGAUAGGUUGUCCUUUGACCCAGAAGCGUGA